AAUGCUGCAGUCAGAGGCGCGGGCGAGCUGAGCAUGAUUCUUCUCACCGUGUUUUUCCUUUGCAUCAUUUCCACAUACUCGGCCUCUGUUAAAGGGCACAUCACUGGACCAAGCUUAAAUAAUGACAAGAUAUAUAAAUUUGUUUAUUCAUCUGAAGUGUUUGUUGAUCGGGUUAAAGCAUCACUAGAGAGCAGUGCAGGCUUCCGGAUUUCCUCUGGUGUGGAUGUCAACCUCAUAUGGAGAAAUCCCGAGAACGAUGAUGACCAGUUGAUCAAAAUUACGAUAAGAGAUGUCAAAGUUGAAAAUGUAAAUGAACGCCCGGAUACUAAAAGCAUCUUCAAAGGAAAAAGCACAGAGAAGAUCAUGGGGAAAAACUAUCUGGAAGCUUUACAGAAGCCCAUCGUUCUUCAGUUAACUCGUGGAAAAGUAAAAAACUUCUACUCGUAUCAAAAUGAACCUGUCAUAGUUCAAAACCUCAAGAGAGGCCUGGCAAGCCUGUUCCAGGUGCAGCUGCACUCCGGCGCUGUCCGCGAGGUGGAUGUAUCCGGGGAAUGCAAUGUUACUUACCAGGUUCGACAAAAUCAAGUGACUAAAAUUAAAGCUCUGGACUCCUGUGAAAUAGAAAAGACAGGAUUUACCAGCCCCAAUCAGAUUUUAGAUGUUGGCACGAAAGUCACAUCUGCCACAAUUUAUGUGCUGGAAGAUGGUUUCAUCAAAUCCAUUAAGGCAGAAGAGAAUUAUGUUUUUUUUCUGAAUUUCCGACGAAAAACAGAUGCCAAAAUAGUUUCAAAGCAGAGGCUGGAGCUGCAGACGGCGGGCGCGGGGCCCGCGCUGCUGGCGGCCAAGCACGCUGCAGCGGCCGUGCGCGCCCUCGACCCCGGCUACGCCGCGCUGCCGCUCGCCGCCGCCGCCGUCCGCGCCGAGCGCGCGCAGCGCCCCUCGCUUUCUGAACACUGGCAGAGCAUCAAAAAACAUUUGCAUCCUGAAAACCUUYCCAAAGCUGAAGCAACGAGAMGCUUUUUGUCCCUCRUUCAGAACCUCAGGAAAGCUACAAAAGAGGAGAUCCUGCAGAUUCUUARAAGUGAAAACAAGGRACUUCYCCCACAGCUAGUGGAUGCCGUAACAUCGGCCCAGACUCCGGCGUCUCUGGAGGCCAUGCUGGAGUUCCUAGACUUUAUGGACAUGAAAGGUGCUCUUCUGCAGGAGCGGUUCCUGUACGCCUGUGGAUUUGCUUCUCACCCCAAUGAAAUGCUCCUGAAAUCUUUAACUACCAAGUUCCAAGGUGAGAUUGCAAGUGAAGAAAUCAGAGAAACUGUUGUCAUUAUCAUGGGAGCACUCAUCAGAAAGCUCUGUGACAGAAACGGCUGCAAACUUCCAGCUGUUGUGGAAGCCAAGAAGCUGAUUCUAGGUAGGCUGGAGAGAGCCAAGAAAGGCGACAACGUGAAGCUGUACCUGCUGGCGCUGAAGAACGCGCGCCUGCCUGAGGCCAUCCCACUGCUCCUCAAGUACGCCGAGUCGGAAGAAGGCGCCGUCAGCAGCAUCGCUACCACCGCCCUGCAGAGAUACGACGCCUCCUUCCUCACCAAAGAGGUGAAGAAAACAAUGAACAGGAUCUACCACCAGAGUCGCAGAGUCCACGAGAAGACAGUGCGAACUACUGCAGCUGCUGUCAUCUUAAACAGUGACCCAUCCUACAUGGAAGUGAAAAACAUCCUGCUGUCCAUCGGCGAACUGCCUCUGGAGAUGAACAAGUACAUGCUCUCCAUCAUUCAGGAUAUAAUUCACUUUGAAAUGCCUGCAAGCAAAAUGGUUCGUAAAGUCCUGAAGGACAUGCGUGCUCACAACUACGAACGCUUCGCCAGGACGGGAUCCUCCUCUGCCUACUCUGGCUACAUGACACGUGGUCCUGAUAUAUCAUCCACAUAUGGCCUUGACAUCCUUUAUUCCGGCUCUGGCAUUUUAAGGAGAAGUAACCUGAACAUCCAUGUUUUCAACAGAAACGCUCAACUUCAUGCCAGCCAGGUGGUGAUUGAAGCGCAAGGCCUGGAGACAAUAAUAGCUGCGACUCCCGACGAAGGCGAGGAAAACCUGGACUCCUUUGCCGGCAUGUCGGCCAUUCUGUUUGACGUGCAGCUCAGGCCAGUUACGUUUUUCCAAGGCUAUGGUGAUUUAAUGUCUAAAAUGCUCUCAGCAACUGGAGACCCCAUUAACGUGGUGAAAGGACUCAUCCUCCUGACAGAUUACUCACAGGUCAUUCAGCUGCAGUCUGGGCUGAGGGCGAGCGCGGAGUUCCAAGGGGGCCUCUCCAUCGACAUCUCAGGAGGAAUGGAGUUCAGCCUGUGGUACAGGGAAUCCAAAACCAACGUUAAGAACCGGGGGGCCAUGUUCACUGCUGGUAACAUUGAGGUGGAUUCCUYGUUUGUAAAGGCUGGUAUGGAAACCUCUUUAGAGAUAGAAACAACACUGGACUUCAUCUCUACAGUGCAGUUUUCACAGUACCCAUUUCUAGUGUGCAUGCAGAUGGACAGAGUUGAAUCUCCAUUCAGGCGCUACGUGACUAAAUACGAAAGCCUGCCAUCUGGCAGGCGGUACACAGCCAGGAAAGCCAAGGUGGAGCUGCUCGCAGGCUCCGAGUACCCUCUCCACCAAGAAAACUCCAACAUGUGCAGGAAGGUUUUCAGCACCGAGACUGAUUCCUCYUCCAGCAACUGGUUUUGAAACGAGCUCUCACUUUGCUGAAUCCAUAGGCUUGUAUGUACCAUGCUAACUUGGAGCUUGAUCUUGCUCURCUGCAGUUAAUGGGAAAUUUGCCGUUGAUUUCAACAGGCCGGGAUCAAACUCUUAGUGCGUGCACACUGUUUACAUAUUUACCUAUAUUUAAGACUUUUGUAAAAAAAAAAAAAAAAAAA